CGACCACUAUUUUUUCUCAAAUUUCUCUCUUCCUGAAGCCUUCUUUCCCUGAGCUCUCCUCGAGCUUGUUCCUCAAGCCAUGAGCUUCAUGUCGCGCCUUGUCACUUUCUUCGGGCUCAUUCUGCUGGCUCACGCCGGCUACUCUGCCCAUGAGCAUUCUACUCUCUACAGCAAUGCCCGGUCUUCUACCUCCCCCUCUUCCGCUCUUCCACUAGAUAUCACAAUCGAGACGCUUGUUGCUGUCGUGCUUGUCUCAGUUGGACUCGUGCUCGGUGCUGAGAAGCUCAAACCCAUCAGCUGGAGCGAGUGGGCGGGGCAGAUAGAGAGGGAAGGAGGAGGUAGGAAUCCGUACCGUAACUUGGAGGAGAGGUAUGGGUUCUGGGAUAUUAGGGCCAAGCGAAAGGAAUUCGCGGACUGGAUCCGCCACCAGGAUAUUACGACGAAAUAAUAGAAAGCUAGAGGCUCGUCUCUGAUAGGAUCCUCUUCGACCCCUAAUGUACAAUAUGACAAUAUCAAGGAUACUUUAUCG